AUGGCAGAGUUUCAUCUUCCAAAUGAAGGACCGGAUUUCCUGACAGACGAUACCCUCCACGAGGCUUAUGAACUCGAGAUCCAGACAGCCAAGGGCGACAAUGUCCGAUUCGGAGAGCUCGUGGCGGGGAAAGGCUACUCGGUAACGACAAUUGUGAUUUUCAUACGGCACUUCUUCUGUGUCUACGACCAAGACUACGUCCGGACCCUCUCCCGCCAAAUGACCGAAAAGCUACUUGACACUGUCCCACUUGACGCUAGACCCGCUCAGAUCAUCAUACUUGGCUGCGGAGAUCACGCCCUCAUCGGGCCAUAUAUGGAAGAAACGACGGACGAGUUCCCAAUCUAUUCCGACCAUUCCGGGAGGAUAUACGAGAAACUGCAGAUGAAGAGGCAGAGGGGUGGAUUCACCGAGCCGCCGCCUUAUUCGAACUUUUCGUUCCCCACUGGACUUGCUGAAACCAUGAAGCAAAUCUGGAGGCGCGGGUGGGCGGGUUUGCGCGGGGGAAAUUGGAACCAGCAAGGUGGCGAAUGGAUUUUCCAGAGAGGGAAACUUCGAUACGCGCAUCGCAUGGAGGGGUCGAAUGACCAUCUGACUGCUGAUCGAUUGCUGGCGAUAUUGAAUGUGGCGCAUGAGAAGAGUGACGAAGUGCCUUCUGCUUGUCAAGAUGGGGGAGCAUCGCAAGACAAUGUAUAG